ACGCGGCCGCCCCCCCCUCCACGCCCGCGGCGGCGGCGGCGGCGGCGGCGGCGGCGGCUGGAGCCCGGAUGCGGCGGCGUGCGACGGGCCGGGAGGGCGGCGCGGAUGGAUCCAACAUGGCGACGCCGAGCCUGAGCCGAGAGAAGAGACCUGGGAAAUUAAGUUUCUUGCAAAGGAUCUCUGUAUAUUUUAAGCUGUGUUCCCAAGCUUCACUGCCACAGAAAGCUGAGUAUAUUUUGGUUUAAGAGGAAGUUGGCCAUGUUCUUUUAAUGCUGAAGUUAGAUUCUUGGAACCCCAUCUGGAUUGCUAAUGUAGUGGGGACUGCAGCUGCUGAGCGGGGGUUCUGGGCAGCAGUGCGCACCUGAGCCCCCAGCAUGGCGGGCCUAAAGCGGCGGGCAAGCCAGCUGUGGCCGGAGGAGCGUGGUGAGCAGGAGCACGGGCUGUACAGCCUGCACCGCAUGUUCGACAUCGUGGGCGCCCACCUGACACACAGGGAUGUGCGCGUGCUUUCUUUCCUCUUUGUCGAUGUCAUUGACGACCACGAGCGUGGCCUCAUCCGAAAUGGACGUGACUUCCUACUGGCGCUGGAGCGCCAGGGCCGCUGUGACGAGAGUAACUUCCGCCAGGUGCUGCAGCUGUUGCGCAUCAUCACCCGUCAUGACCUGCUGCCCUACGUCACCCUCAAGAGGCGGCGGGCUGUGUGCCCUGAUCUUGUAGACAAGUAUCUGGAGGAGACGUCAAUUCGCUAUGUGACCCCCAGAGCCCUCAGCGAUCCAGAACCGAGGCCUCCACAACCCCCCAAAACAGUGCCUCCCCACUAUCCUGUGGUGUGCUGCCCCGCUUCGGGCCCUCAGAUGUGUAGCAAGCGGCCAGCUCGAGGGAGAGCCACACUUGGGAGCCAACGAAAACGCCGGAAGUCAGUAACACCAGACCCCAAGGAAAAGCAGACAUGUGACAUCAGACUGCGGGUGCGGGCUGAGUACUGCCAGCAUGAGACCGCUCUGCAAGGCAACGUCUUCUCUAACAAGCAGGACCCACUUGAGCGCCAGUUUGAGCGCUUUAACCAGGCCAACACCAUCCUCAAGUCUCGGGACCUGGGCUCCAUCAUCUGUGACAUCAAGUUCUCUGAGCUCACCUACCUCGACGCAUUCUGGCGCGACUACAUCAAUGGCUCGCUGCUAGAGGCGCUUAAAGGCGUCUUUAUCACAGACUCCCUCAAGCAGGCUGUGGGCCACGAAGCCAUCAAGCUGCUGGUUAACGUGGAUGAGGAGGACUACGAGCUGGGCCGGCAGAAACUCCUGAGGAACUUGAUGCUGCAGGCACUGCCCUGACCUUCCCCUCUCACCUCUCGGGGGACGACUCCCACCGCCCGCCUCUGGAGCUCACAUACUGUUCUGGGGUUGGUUCUCUGCCCUUCCGACCAAUCACACCCCUGCCUUUUUUUUUUUUUUUUUUUAAAGGAAAAGACAAAAAUGGAAGUGGUGUUCCCCACCCCUCCCUGCACCCACGUGCCUGGGCCUCCCCGUUGUUUCCCUUUUCCGCGUACCCUCCUAAUGUGUCUCUACAGCCACCUUGCCACUGAGCCGUAAGACAAACGUAGAGGGAGAAGCAGAGGCUACAGAACGUAGUCUUUGUAAGGGAUGGAAGCGAACACUGCUUUUGGGUGCGUCGAGGGGUUAUCCGUGCUUCUGGCUUUACGAGGGCUCUUCAA